AUGGAGUGUGAGCCAGAGACUCACCAGAACUUUCUCUCAUCUCCACUCUCUUCUGCCAGGCUUAUGAAUGAGCCCUAUAUGGAAGGACCCUGGUUCCAGACCUGCGGUCAGUCCAACGUCUCCUGCAAGGUGGUGAAGGGGAAGGUGGUGGAGGUGGGCCGGUGGCCCUGGCAGGUGAGCAUCUUGUUCCUGGGAGCUUAUGUCUGCAGUGGUUCUCUCAUCCAUUUCCAGUGGAUCAUCACGGCUGCACACUGCUUACAGAGGUCAGUGACCCCCAACCAGUACAGCGUGAAUCUGGGAAGCCAUGAACCCCCGGACAACAGCACCCGGCAUCUGCUCACUCGAAUCGUGAUUCACGAGGGUUUCAACAAUCACAUAUCUGAGGACGUCGCCCUCCUGAAGCUCAGGGAGCCCGUCGCCUGGUCACCUCUCCUCCAGCCCAUCUGCCUCCCUGCCCACAAUUUCAAGCUAAAGCGCACCUUGUGUUGGGCCAUUGGGUGGGGAAGGAAAGAGGGUAACGGUACCACAAAUGUCUCCUACCAGCUCCAGGAGCUGGCUAUGCGUGUGGUCAGCAAUGACAUCUGCAAUCACCGGUACAACUUCCUCCUGCUGAAGAAUCAGAAGAAGUUCAUCGGGAGCGACAUGCUGUGUCUCAUGCCAGAAUGGGGCCUGGACACCUGUCAGGACACCUCAGGCAGCUCCCUCCUCUGCGAGAUGAACAAGACCUGGAUCCAGACGGGCGUGGUGAGCUGGAGUUUCGGCUGCGGCAAGCGCCAGUUCCCCAGCAUCUACACCAGCACCUCCUCCUUCACCCCCUGGAUCAAGAAGCACAUCUCCGACAUGAGGUUCACCAGCCGGGCCAGCCCCUCCUCCCUGAGCCCAGCGAUCCUCCUGAGCUUCAUCCUCUCGGUCUCCUUGGGCUCCCUGUGGCUCCUCUGA